AUGAAGCUGUGGGGAGCCCAGCAUCAGCCCUUCGCUGCACCAAACAAGAGGAUCAUCAACAGUCAGAACGCAGUGCCCGGCUCGUGGCCCUGGCAAGUCUCCCUGCAGAACCGCUUUGGAUCCCACUUCUGUGGUGGCUCCUUGAUCAACGAGAACUGUGUCGUCACCGCUGCCCACUGCAAAUUCAAACCACUCUUCCACAUCAUCGUCCUUGGGACUGACUCCGUUCAAGUGAAGAAUGUGGUCAGGAUCGUUAUGAACCCCGACUGGAACCCCUACACCCUGAACAAUGACAUUGCCCUGCUGAAGCUCUCCUCGCCUGCCAAGCUGGGACCCCACGUGUCCCCCAUCUGCCUGCCCCCCACUGACCUGCGUCUGCCCAACAACCUCCAGUGUGUCACCACCGGCUGGGGAUGCACCAGCAUGAACUCCUACACGCUGGCAGAGAGCCUGCAGCAGGUCUCCCUGCCCUUGGUCUCCUCCAGUGAAUGCGCCAAGUACUGGGGAAGCCAGAUCACCAGCUCCAUGGUCUGUGCCGGUGGCAUUGGCACCUCAUCUUGCCAGGGUGACUCUGGUGGACCACUGGUAUACCAGGAUGGGGGCACCUGGACCUUGAUCAGCAUUGUCUCCUGGGGAAGCAGCAACUGCAAUGUCAACACACCAGGUGCCUACACCUGUCUAAGCCACUUCCGAAGCUGGAUCGACAGUGUUGUUCAGGCUUAG